UAGCCUCAAAAAUCUUGUAGGAAUCGGAAUUGCACUGCAUCGGAAUCAACGAGUAGUGGCAUAAACAUUAACAAUAAGUUAUUUAAAAUGGAUCCUCAUUGCUUUGUGCUUUAAUUCUCAUAAAUGUUUAGACUGUUAUCACUGAACAAGUGUAAAGAGAAACUGUGGACGGAGGGUAUCGUUAGCGGUGGCGGCCGGCUGAAACGCUGAAACUACCCAACUGCAUGCCAACUGGCGAGCAUGACUGGGGGACCGUGGUGCUUUCAAUGUGUGUGCUUUACCGUCCUCGUCCAGCUUUGUGCAUUCUGUUCCAUCUAAUGUGUGUCAGUGCAUUCCUUAAUUGAUUCUGUAUUGUCUGCCGCUUCUGCUGCAUUCGCAAGUGCGAUCCAUCGGCGGCCAAAAUCGAGAUACGUGCGACUGUUCACGCGAAGGUGCGCGUUUGACGUCCGACUGGCUGCAGUUGUGAACAGAGUCUCGCUAGCCGUAUGUUCGUUUAAGUUCCCCGAGCAAUAUACGACAUUCCGGUAAAUAAACAUGCAUGGACGUGUGAAGGUUAAGACCACUGCUGAGCAAGAAGAGGAAAAAAGAAAGGAGAGGGAGAAAAAGCUGAAAAUCUACAAAGCUGCAACACAGCGAGUAAUGGAAAAACGACAGAAUCAGGAACUUGAUGAUGAACUGCUGAAUAUCACGGCACAAAUCCUUCAGAGUAACCCCGACUACACUACAAUGUGGAACAUCCGCAGGGAAGUGUUCAUAAUACACUUCAAUAAAAGCUUGAAAAAGACAGUUGAAGAUGGUGCGGGAGAAUUGCUUCUGACUGAAGCAGCCUUACAGAAAAACCCAAAGUCAUAUGGAGCUUGGAGUCAUCGAGCCUGGGCCAUGCAAAAUUUCCCAGACAUGGAUUGGGUCAAAGAGCUACGCUUGUGUAACCUUUUCCUUGACCAAGAUGAGCGAAACUUUCACUGCUGGGAUUAUCGGCGGUUUGUGUGUACACAUACUAAGGUGACUGCUGAAAUGGAGCUGGCAUUUACCAUGGACCGAAUCGCGGCAAAUUUUUCUAACUACUCAGCUUGGCACUACAGGAGUUCAUUAUUACCAAGUGUUCAUCCUGGUCCGAGGGAGGGGACAGUUGAGGAGAAAGUCCUUUUGGAAGAGUACAACUUGGUCCAAAAUGCAACAUUCACGGAUCCUGGAGAUCAGAGUGCCUGGUUUUACCACAGGUGGUUGACAGGAAGAGAAAGGCCUGCUCUGGACUUUCUCUUGCUUUAUGUUUCGAGGGAAACUCAUAGGAUCAUUCUCCACUUAACCAGACACGUCACGCUUGCAGAUACAAAGAUUUCUGUUACUGUAAAUGGGUCAUCACUUCAACUUUCAUGGGAAGCUCCAUGCCAGUCACUUUGCUCAUCGCUUUGGUGGUGCCAUGUGCAUGAAGGCUCACUACCUGGUGAUUGCACAUUGGAAGCUGUAGUGCAAGCAAAGGAUAAUGAAUUUGCAACUGCCACUCUUUUCAUAGCAGCAGCACAAAAGGAAUCAAAGACCACUGGAAACAUUCCACGCAAUCAUCUGUUCAGUUGUGAACUCAGUGCAGCCCACACUUCAGUGUUGGAGAAUGAGCUGAAGACAUGUAGGGAGCUACAUGACCUCGAGCCUCUCAACAAGUGGCCUCUCCUUACUUGUGUGCUGCUUAUGAGGGCACUAGAUGGAUGCAAGUUUAGAAUGGAUAUAAAAAAAUUCCUGGCUAAGUUAACUGCUGUUGACCCUAUGAGGCGAAAUUAUUACAAUGACCUAAAUUCAAAGUUUGCUGCUGAGAGUGUCAUUGAACAGUUGGGCAAAAAUGACCUGACUGCAGAUUUUUCUGGCCAGUGCCUGACUAGCAUACAUCACACCGACCACCUGGCCCUCUUACAUGAAGUAGACUUCAGUAGAAACCAGAUUAAGUCAACAUUGCCGCUUGGAUGCCUUCUGAGCAUUCGCAAGCUGGUACUAGAUGACAACUGCAUAGAGACCUGUGAGGGCCUUGGUUCGCUGAACACACUGACCGUCCUCUCUCUUCGAAACAACAGAAUAUGCAACAAGGACUGCCUAACUGCUCUGAAGACCUGCCUCAUGCUGGCUGAGCUCAACCUGGAAGGAAACUCCAUGUCCAAGUGCAAGGAUCAUGUUGAGGUUUUGCUCCCUCAGGUUAAACUCUUGGAUGGGUUUCCUUUGUCAAGCUAAUUCUAGUUUCAUAGUGUAGAGAAAGUGGUGCUGAGCAUAUGCAGCCAACUGCAGCAGUUGGUCAGCAUGAAUUCCUACAGUGCAACUUAUCAAUGCCAUAGCAUAUCCCAUUUUGUUUACUGUAAUAUACCUCAAUGAAAUGCCUUGAGGAUGGCUGACUUAAUGAGCUCUGCCUUAAGUGA